AAACAGCCUGGUGGACAUGUACGCCAAGUGUGGAAGCAUGCCAAACGCUCGAAAGGUGUUCGACAGGAUCCCGGCUCCAACUUUAGUGUCGUGGACUUCGCUCAUCCAGGGAUGCCAGGAUUUUUGUCACCGGGAUUAUGGCCUGUGCUAGUCUGGCGUCUCAAGAGCAGCCAACUUUGGGAGAUCUCAGCGGGAAGGAUGUUAAAACGAGAAGCUUGAACAGAGGGCGAGAGAUCGUCUCCAUGGCUGAGGAGAGUGGCUGUGGAAAGGACGUCUUUCUCUUGACUGCGGCAAUCGAUAUGUACGCGAAGUGUGGGAGCCUAGCGGAGGCGCAGAAGUGCUUCGACAGGAUGCCGAGACAUGACACCGUGUCGUGGAACGCUUUGCUUCUCGGCUACGUGGAGAACGAAGAAGCAGACUUGGCACUGGAAGCUUAUCAGCGGAUGCGGCUAGAAAAAUGCCUGCCAAACUCGAGAACACUUCUGGCCUUGACGAUGGCAUAUACGGCUUUGGCUACGAAAGAAGCUGGGGAACUCAUCUAUGGCCGGGUGGUGAAGACGAAGAGCUUGGAGAAAUGCACGGCUUUGCAUUUGGAAGCCGAAAGGCAAGGCUUUGCGUCCGAUAUCAUUCUCGCGGGGGCAUUGGUGGAUAUGUAUUCGAAGUGUGGGAGCCUGGCAGAUGCUCGCAGAGUUUUCGACGGUAUGCUACAUCACAAUGCAGUCGCAUGGAAGUCACUGAUUCUGGGAUACUUGGAAGCUGGCGAAGACGAGAUAGUUUUGGAGCUGUUUGGGAGGAUGGGAGGAUUUACAGGCUGCGUCGGCGAUUCUCGGGUGUUGGUCGCUGCACUAGCGGCUUGCUCCAGUGCUGCUGUCCGGGAAGAAUCCACACAGCUCGCUGAUGGAAAGUCCGUAAAGCUGAGGUGCUUUGAGACUGCGUUUGCGAUGCAUGCUCAAGCAGUGCCUUGCGGCUGCUUCUCGGACAUCUUCGUGGCGACUGCGCUGAUCGACUUAUACAUGAACUGCGGAAGGAUUCUGGAAGCUCGAGAGGUCUUCGACAUGAUGGUGGAUCACGACGUGGUGGCCUGGAACGCUCUGAUACUGGGAUACUUUGAGAACGACGAGAACGAGCUGGCUUUGGAGAUGUUUGAGCGCAUGGAAGCUCAAGGCGACUCGCCAAACGCAGCAACCUUCGUGGCCGUGCUAAGUUCCAGAGCUGCUUUGGCGACCAGAGAAGAAGGAACGAAAACGAUCGAUGGGAAGCUCGUGAAAGUCAAGUCACUAGAGGCCGGGAUGGAACUCCACAGCCAGGCUGCUCGAACGGGAUGCGACUCCGACGUCAUGGUGGUCAACGCGUUGCUGGAUUUCUACGCAAGGUGUGGCAGCCCAGCCGAUUCCAGGAGAGUUUUCGACUGGAUGCCUUGCCACAGCGUGGUGUCCUGGACUUCUCUGGUGGCCAGCUACGCAGAGAAUGGAGAGGCGGAGCUAGCCUUGAGCAUCUUCUUCCUCAUGGAAGCUUCAACAGGCUUUGCUCCGGUGGCUCGCUCGUUCGUCGCUGCACUGAAGGCCUGUGGAAGUUUGGUGGCUCUCGACUGCGGCAGAGCCAUUCACGCAGCGAUCAACAGGGAUGAUCCUCGCAGCAGCAGUAAAAGCAGCAGCAGUAUUCUUGAGAGAUCUCUGGUGGAGUUCUACGGGAAGUGUGGGAAGGCGGCCAGCUCUCACAGGAUCUUUGAUGCUCUCGCCAGCAGCAGCAGGGACUUGAGUCUGUGGAACUCGCUCUUGGGGAGCUAUAGCCACCAGGGAGACGCGGCUCGAGUUUUGGAGCUCUUUGGCUCCAUGCACGACGAAGGCUUGAGAGGCGAUGGGAUCACUUUCUCGUGCGUCCUCUCCGUGUGUGGCCGGACGGGGAUGGUGGCCACGGGCAGGAGCUUGUUCCAAGCGAUGAAAUCCUCGGAGUAUGGAGUGGAGCAAACUCUAGAGCACUUCCACUGCAUGGUUGAUCUUCUUGGACGUGCAAAUCUACUGGAAGAAGCCAUGGCAAUGGCAAAAACGAUGCCAUUCGAGGCUACUACUGUGACUUGGACAAUUCUUCUCAGUGCCUGCUGCAAAUGGAAGAAUCUGGAUGUGGGAAGUAUUGUGUUUGAGUUUUUGCUCAAGUUGGACUCCAGGAAUGCCACACCAUACAUUCUAAUGUCUAAUUUAUGUAAAUAAAUUGAACUUCUAUUAAGGUUUUCAUCUUUGUAUUUGCCAACAUAUUUCCAAGAUUAUGG